AUGAACUGCCCCGCACCCUGCUCCCACCUUCACGCUAGCCAUAAGGCUGUCGUCAGCUUUUCUCAUCCGCCAACGCGGCCUCCCCACCGCUUUAUCCCACGGGGCAACUCCAACGCGCUUCCUGUCCUUUCAUUCGUACUCGACCUCCUCCGGGUACCCACCCCGGCCGAUCCUGUCUCGACCGAGCCACCUCCCACUACCAACAGCAUCAUGCAUGCCACAAGCCAAUACUAG